CUGAAAUGGAUCACAUUCCACGUCCUUACAAUGCCGUUGGCACUCCAAUCGAGUUUCCCUACGUAGGGGUUGAGGAGUAUGACAAAGGGCCGUUCUUGACCUAUCCCAAUCGCAAAGGCUUUGAAAGCCAGGAUGCCAUUCUCCAGGAGAGCGACACACCAGCUUCUCAGGCGGCAGUCCUUCAGACCUGGCUCUUUUUCGGGCUCUUGCACGAGUUUCUGGAGGAGGAUUAUACGAAUGACAAGGACUGGACCUCUGUCAAUGACGCCCAGGAGAUUGUUCUUUGCACCAAAAAUCUUGCGGUAGCCACAAAGAGCCACUGGGAUGCACGACAAGACAAAGAGGAACGACCCCGACACCUAUUGGCGUGUUUCGACCGAGCCUUUCAAGUCGUAUCCUUGGCUUGCGAGCCGCCUGCGGCUGAUACGCAAGUCUUGAUGGGCGUAGCUAUUCUUGUCAACUUCCUCUCGGGGACAAUUCGACCUCUGAGUGGAUCCUCUGAAAAGAUACCAUCAGGCUACUGGUCUGGAUAUUCAUGGCCUGGUGUAUUGAUAGACCCUAUCAAGAAGAGGCUGCGCAGCCACGGAUGGUGCCCGUCCGAAAUGAUUUCGAUCUCCGAGAAUCUCGACAUGAUUCUUGCCUCUGUUCAGCUGGAGCCCCCAAACCCUCGGUAUCAGCAUGCUGAGUGUGGCGAAAAAAAUUGCAGAAUGUUGGAGGUGUACUCGAAUAUGAAGACAUAUCCGGAGCCUGGGCACGUUGCCGAUGGUUGCGAAUGUCCAUGGUUUGAGCUAGACGUCAACAAAGCGCAUGAUAUAUUGCUCGGAGGGAACUUGCCUGCCAUUCUGGUAGCAAAUGAUGGCGAAAUGUGGGAAUCUCUAGCAGGACUUUCAAACCCCGCCAAACUCAAUGUCGCCAUCAAGUCGUCGAAUGAGGUGCGGCAGUACAUUGCCUUCUCGCACGUCUGGUCGGAUGGACUCGGAAACCCCCAUUCAAACCGGCUAAGGGUGUGCAAACUUGAUCGGCUGCAAAAACUAGCUUCAGGAAUCGAACGUGCCCGAGCAACUCGCCGUAUCGGUUCAGGCGCUCUGACGAUCUCAUUUGUUCCAUUCAGUAAGCCGCUAACACCGUUCUGGAUUGAUACUAUAUGCUGCCCAACUCAUCCACCAGAAGCGCAGACUCUUGGCAUAAAGAUGCUUCAGCAGACGUAUAAAGAGGCCAGCUCGGUUAUAGUCCUGGAUUCCUAUCUCCAGAGAGGAGUUUUCCGGGAGACAUCUAAACAAGAGAUUCUUCUCAGACUUGAGUGCUCUCGGUGGAUGCACCGGCUUUGGACACUUCAGGAAGGCAGCUUUGCAAACGAGCUGUUCCUACAGUUCAGUGAUGGUCCGGUCGACUAUUUUGAUGUGUAUAAGAGAUUCAGAGACGUGGUGGACACUGGGGACACAGUGGCCAGAAAUCUGCUUACCAACUUCACUCUAACGAGCUCGGUUUUCAACAGAAAUCUCUUCAACCCGGAAGUUUCCAGCAAAAUGGCCUCUAACGUUAUCUACCGGGCGAUGCAGUACCGCUCGACUACUGUGAAGUCUGACGAAGCCAUAUGCAUAGCCAACACUCUUAGCCUCGAUAUCGAACAGGUCCUCCAAGCAGGAAAGGACAGUCAACUCGCAAUGUCAGUCAUCUGGAAGUUGCUGUCAUAUAUCGAUAGCUGCAUCAUCUUCAGCACAACUCCGAAGCUCAAGAUUUCGGGAUUUGGGUGGGCCCCAGAAACAUUUCUUGAUCCCGACGGCUUUCAAGAGUCUCGUACAGAAGCAGGCACUGUGACAGAAGAUGGACUCGAGGUCAGAUUUCCAGGCUUUCUGAUACAUUUAGAAAAUGAAAUUUCUGGCAAACUGGUGUUUAAAGACCAGGAAAACAAGAGCUACACUUAUCAGUCCUCCACGAAAGUGGACAUUUGGUCUCAAGGUGCGGGUAUGUUUGCGAUUAUCGCUCUUAGGCCACUGGUUUCUGAAUCCGGAGGAAAGGCCACUCAGAGAUGCGUCGUAGCGAGAGUGAAAAAGCGAGACGAACAUUUGAUUGCCGUCGAGCUUGUUGAUCAUGGUAGGGGUCGAGAAAUGCAGAUGGAAGAGGCCGGAGCGACCACGAAAAGGCCGACGGAUUUAGCUGAAGGGGGUUUUUCUGCAACUAAGUUGCCGAUCAACCAAUUGUGGUGUGUAAAUUAGAAUGUGGGUGCUUGGGUUUAGGUAGAAUGAGUAUCCGAGGUGAUGCUAUUAUCUCGCUGUCUGGUCAAGGUCAAAUAGAUGUGUUGAGGAUAAGAUACGAUAAAUGUGAAUCUGGGGGCAAUCUGCUAGAUUUAGAAAGAAGACGGUCAGGGAAUCUAGGGUCAAUCUACUUGACUUAAAAAAGAAGAUGGCUAGUGAAUUUAAGGUCAAUCUGCUCGAUUUGC